AUGACCUUGCAGCUGAUGCUGGUGUUCGGUAUCAUGGUUCUGGUGGACUGGGCUAGACCGUGGGAAAAGACUUCGCCGGGCCAUCAUCUUCAGAUUUUACAACAGGUCGUAUUUUACACCAUUGGUUUCUUGAACUUGGUGAGUGUGGUGGGGCUGUAUUUCGCGAAGGACAGGUACCCGACAAACUAUAUGCUGAUGGCCACAACGACCUUGUUGUCUGGCAUUUUCUGGGGCAUGACCCGCGCCCAUUCGGCCGUGACCAUGCAUUUCCAGAUUGUCGGCAUCUUGAUGUUCACAAUGGGUGCUGCGGUUGUUUCCUCUUGGGCUCUUGCCACCAAAGAUCCGAAGAUGCCGGGUGGCUCGAUGCUUUUGGCAUCUUUGGCACCCGGCUGGCUGAUGGGAUGUGUGACAAAUGCCUUAAUUUGCACAUUGUGGUUGCCGACGGGGUCUCUGGAAGUUCUCGCCGCCACAGGUUUUUCUUUCCUGCUGAUCUGCAUAAUGCUGCUGGAUGCAGGCAAGUAUCUGGUGAGUUGCGAGCCGGAUGAUUUCAUGAGUGUGAUCGUUUCAAUGGAUUCAUCUUUACUCGUGAUUGUCAGCAUCCCAUUCUUUGUUCUUUCAUUCUGUCUUCUCCACACUGGCGAGGCUGUUCUUGACCCCACUGGAGAUGUGGAAGUUCCUACGGAGCAUUUGCCGGCGCCGGACCAUAUUGGUGCUUCCAACACUCUCGUGAUCGCUUGA